CUCCGAACCCACAACGCAUACCUAUACCUGCCGUCUCCCGCGCACAAUCUCUAAGCCAUGAUACGCCGCCAAGCUCGCGAACGGCGCGACUACCUCUACCGCCGCGCUCUCACCCUUCGCGAUGCCGAACUAGCCAGCAAACGCGCCGCGCUCAAGGCCUCGAUUGCCUCGGGGAAACCGCUCAGCAAAGACCUAGCGGAGGAUGAGCAGCUGCGGGGCGAUUGGAAAUACGAUGAGACGAGAGCGGAUAGGACGGUCGAGGAAGAGCUGGGGCUGGAUGACGAGUAUGCGGCGCUGUCGGGCGUGGUGGAACCGAGGGUGCUGGUGACGACGAGUAGGGACCCGAGUUCACGCCUGGGAACUUUCGCAAAAGAGAUCAGAUUACUCCUGCCCACAGCGAUACGGUUAAAUCGCGGCAACUUGAUCCUGCAGAAUCUCGUCGGCAGCGCGCUGUCCAGCGGACUAAGCGACAUCAUCCUCCUCCACGAACACAGAGGCACGCCCACCGCGCUAACCAUCUCGCACUUCCCCCACGGCCCCACAGCCUCCUUCUCCCUACACAACGUCGUGCUGCGCGCCGACCUGCCCAACGCCCUGCGCGGCACCGUCUCGGAAUCCUACCCGCACCUCAUCUUCGACAACUUCACGACCAAGCUGGGCCAGCGCGUCGUGCAGAUCCUCAAGCACCUGUUCCCGCCGCGCGAGAGCGCGGCCAAGACGGGCAACAGAGUCGUCACCUUCAAGAACAUCGAGGACGCGAUUGAGGUCCGGCAUCAUGUUUAUGUGAGAACGGGGUAUCAGAGUGUCGAGCUGGCGGAGGUCGGGCCGAGGAUGACGAUGCGGCUUUUUGAGAUUAGGGCGGGUACGCUGGAUAGUAAGGAUGGGGAUGUCGAGUGGCAUCUUAAUCAGUAUACGAGGACGAGUCGGAAGAAGGAUUAUCUUUGAGGGGCUGUGGUGGUGGGAGUUAAAUGUGGAGCUUUGGCUGGUUGAAAGCAGGGCGCGCGGGUGGUGGAUACAUAGGCAUACUGCUUAGAUAGGGGCAGAUGCUUGCUCCACUGGGCAAGAAGCGUUUACAAUCAGAUGCGCAGGAUCGACAAGCCCUCAUGAAGCUUGCGAGGGGACCACUUCGAGACGCAAGUCGCAGAUGCAGCGAUAAUCAGAAGCACGUUGAAAGCAUAUGUCCCGAGUAGGGGAAGCUUGCAAUGCGGCUCGGAUGAGUGAUAGCAGCGUUCAAAAAUUC